UCUAUAAAGUGGGAGAAUCGUUGAGGAAUCUCUGUAAGCUAGAAAUUCUUCAGCGAUUUUCCAGUUGAUUUUCUAUAAACUGGAAAUUAAUUCAAGAUUACAGUGUAUACUAAACUCUGAGUGCAUUGACUGCAAGCUAAAAAGGCUACUAAGGCUAGGUUUCUGAAAAGAGAAUUGCUAUUUUGCUUUUCUGGUCUAACGGACAAGAAAAAAAAGUGCUUCCUUUCGUGAUUCUUAGACGUUUUUUGGGGGCAGUUUUAUUUUGCCUUAAAUACAUUGCAAAAGAAUUCUAAUCAAUAAUUAUUCAUUUAAAAUAAAAUUGAGCUUGUAAUGGGCUAAAUGUACUUGGACUACACUUAGACUACAUUACUGCUUUAAACUUCUGUAUUUAUUCAAAUCACUAAUGUAGUCUAAGUGUAGUCCAAGUGCAUUUAGCCCAUUACAAGCUCAAUUUUAUUUUAAAUGAAUAAUUAUUGAUUAGAAUUCUUUUGCAAUGUAUUUAAGGCAAAAUAAAACUGCCCCAAAAAUUCGACGGAAUCCGUAGCAACGACAUUGCAUGGCCGUUAGAUCAUUCCUUUCUGCUUCUAUUUUUCGAUAAUUUAUUUAUUCUUCUAGAUGCUUCUUCCAGUCGCCAUCCAAUAUGAUGUCAACUAAUCGUCUCCAAUCACAAGGAGUUCCUAUGCCUGUCCAACAACACGCUUGUAUGAACGGUGGUAAAGGUAAUACAAUGCCAACGAUGAAUCAACCACGGGUACAGCAGUCACCUCGUUCGUAUCCAAUUAAUAUUAAUACAAUGCAAGCAGGUAUGAUGAAUAAUAAUAUGAACAGCAAUAAUAAUCCGACCCGACUUGUAAAUGGAUCGUUGAUGGACCAGGAACAAUAUGCCAUUGGUUACGAUAUACACACCACAACAUGA